CAUUGGGCUGGUAAUGGGCUGGGGGCGUGGUCUCCAUGUUGUCCACACGUGCAACCAUUUAAAAGUGUGGACAAGUCGACAGUUACGUUUGCUGGAUGUUUUUACGGGGAGUAAAGUGCCGUUUGCAGCUUAUUUCUGCUGAGCCUGGACGGUAAAACGGAGAAGAUGCUGCCGGACGCCUACGGCUGCGUUGUGGCGAACAGGUUCGGGAACCUUCUGGAUGACGAGGCAGACCCAUUUGACCUGAUCAGCGAGGUGGAGAAGGAGAAAAGGAGGAAGAAAAAGAAGAAGGAGGAAGACGAGAAGAAGAGCAAACAGAAGAAACCUGGACAGAGGGAAUCCCAGAAGGACAGGCGCGUGCCGUUUGCGCAGGAGCCCCAGGAGCCGGUUCCAGUUCGUAGGCCCGUCCAGCCGGCUCGGGCUGAUGUUGGGGAGCGUAAACCCAAGAAAGAAGAGCCCCCACAGGAGUUCUCCAUCCCAAAGCCUUCCUUUAAUACAGACACUGACUUCAGGGGCCGAGUAGUCCGAGGAAGGAGAGCUGCACGAGGCGGCGCAUACUCCAGGACCUCUGACAACAUGAACCUGAGGGGAAAGAGGGAGUAUGAUCGACACAAUGGAACAGGCAUCUCUCCUGAGGAGAAGCGAGGAGGCCGAGGGCCCUGGAACUGGGGCUGUGUUGAAGAAGCUGCAAGUGAAUUAAUGGAGGUGUCUGCCGACACUUCAGUCAAAUCUGAAGACUCCCAAACAACUGCGGAUGCCGAGAAAAUAAAUCGCUCCGGGGACGAGGAGGAUGGCGAGAUGGUGGUCCAAGUUGCCAUGGAGAUGACCCUGGAUGAGUGGAAGGCUCUGCAGGAGAUGGGUCGUCCCAAGGCAGAGUUUAAUAUCCGCAAAUCUGAGAACCCGAUUCCUUCCAAAGCCAAGGUCAUCCACCAGUCCAAGCACCUGGAGACCAAAAGCACUGUGGAGGACCUGGAGGACGAGGGCAACUUCCUCCGUAGGUCUGUGAAUGACAUCACGUCUCUUCUGGACAUCAACUUUGGAAGUCUCAGGCGUCCCAGUCGCGGCGGUCGGGGGAGGGGAGGGCGAGGUGUUGCAACCAAUCGCCCAGAGCGAGUCAAACCAUUAUCAGACAGGGAGGAUGAACUGGCUCCCGACCCAGAUGACCCAGAAGACUUCCCGGCGCUAUCGACAGGAAAAUAGCUCGAUGCCGCCCUGCUGUGGGGAAACCUGGUUGCACUUAACACUUGGUUCUUGUUGGAGCUUUACUGUACUGGAUCUAUGUGGUUGCACUGAAGGCACUGUUCCACAAAUCACUCAUUCAAAAUAAAUGCUUUUUGCAAGUUUA